AGAUGUAAUACAUGCACCUGUAGGGCGUAUGAUGGACACUACCACACUACAUGUGCUGAAAAUGGAGACGCAGUCAGACGAAGUACCACUUAUGAGUAGUACAAGCAGUAAUUCCUCAUCAGAACAUUCAUCAUUACCUGUUAAGUUAAAGAAGGGUGGCUGUAGGCGAGGGAGAAAACCUAAAGCAAGAUCAGAAUCACCUAUUGACACUCCAUCUGUGAGAAUAGGAAGGAAAAACAAAGAAAGUCAUACAACAUAUUUAUGGGAAUUUUUAUUAGAGCUUCUUCAAAACAAAGAAACUUGUCCAAGGUAUAUAAAAUGGACACAGAGAGAAAAGGGAAUUUUUAAACUCGUCGAUUCAAAAGCUGUAUCCAGGCUGUGGGGAAAACAUAAAAAUAAACCAGAUAUGAACUAUGAGACGAUGGGUCGGGCAUUGAGGUAUUACUACCAGAGAGGAAUCCUUUCAAAAGUUGAUGGACAAAGAUUGGUGUACAGAUUCUGUGAACCUCCAAAAAAUAUCGUUGACAUCGACUGUAGUUAAAACUGGUUGAUUUUUGAACUAUGUCAGUAUUGUCUUUGCAGCUGUUGCUGGUAUUUUAAAAUCAAAGUUAACUUUUUUUACCAUUUAUUUUUGUUUCUGUAAUAUAUUUGUAACUUGAUGAAUGCUAGUUUGACUGACGCAUAAUAGAAUCGAUUAAAUUGUUGUGUUUGAAAUUGUCUUUGUUGUUGAGCAGAAAAUAUCUUUGCUGCCGACUUAGACAGACGAUGAUGAACUUGUGAAUAAAUUUCUGUAUUUAUUUUUGUUUCUCAGCGCUGCAAAGACAAGUUGUUGGUUUUCAGACACUAUUUAUGACAAUGCAAACCAAUGACAUUUCAAAUCCCUUGAGCACAGCUUAAUAAAAGUGACCACUAUUUUAUGAUACUGUGGAUGCAACCAAAACAAUCCUGUGUGAGUGAGUGUGCAUGUAUUUGUUAAGAUGAACAAUUUUUUUUUUUUACUUGGUACACAUUAUUUGGCUAGACUUGGGACUAGCAAUAAUUUUAUCUAUGUUUCAUCAGAUUUCAUCACGUUUUCCAUGUUUAUGCUUCGAGAGUUUUGAAAUGUGUUAUAUAUAGAUAUGAUAUAUAUAUAUAUAUGACUUGUAGAUUUGUCCAUCAUAGGGAUAAAAUACUUAAAGUGCACUGUUUUCAGCACUAACUUUGUACAGCAUUUAUUUUUGUUCUCUUGUGUGAAAAAGAUCAUUAUAUUCAUAAUUAUUUUCCAGAUUUCAACUGACUCCCUCGUCAUUUUGACCUGCAUGUUCUUCCUACCCAGUAUAUUGCAUGUAUCCUCUUUCAUUAUUUGUUGACUCCUAUUGCCCCUCUUAAUCUUCGAAAUGACCGCUAUUCAGGGUUCAUUCAUACUAGCAGUCAGUCAGUCAUUUAUUUGU